UCAAGGUGCAAAUCUCAUCCCUCCAAACUUCUUCACAAUGACAACCCACUUCUUAAUUCUCAUCAUGCUGGCUGCCUUCUGCAAAGGUGGCCUCUCUCAGAUAGCUCUGACUCAGUCAGAUGCAGUGGUGAAGAAACCGGGAGAAUCCCAUAAACUGACUUGUGCUGUUUCGGGAUUCAGUGUUAACAGCUAUGGGAUGCAUUGGGUAAGACAGAAACCUGGCCAAGGACUGGAAUGGCUUCUUUACUACUUCUCAUCUAGUAGCAACUAUUAUUCCCCAACAAUCCAAGGACGUUUUACUGGCUCCAAGGACAGUUCCAACUACUAUCUGCAAAUGAACAGCCUAAAACCUGAGGACACAGCUGUCUAUUACUGUGCAAGAGACACAAGUGGUGGCCUCUCUCAGAAGGUUCUGACCCAGUCAGACCCAGUGCUGAAGAAAGCAGGAGAAGCUCAUAGACUGACUUGUGCUGUCACUGGAUUCAACAUUCACAGCUACGGGAUGGAUUGGCUCCCCAUCACAAACAGGCGGACAGAUUCAGCUCACAGAAGCCCUCAGAGAAAUAGACGAUCCUCCACUAUGCCAUCCUUCCUUCCAGUUCUCCUCGCAUUGGCUGCCUUUUCUUCCCGAGGUCUCUCCCAGAUAGUCCUGACCCAGUCAGAUGCAGCACUGAAGAAACCAGGAGAAUCCCAUAAAUUGACUUGUGCUGUCACAGGAUUCAAUAUUAACAGCUACUAUAUGGAUUGGAUCAGACAGAAACCUGGCCAAGGAUUGGAGUGGCUUGUUCACUAUUAUGAUUCUGGUAGCAAGUAUUAUUCACCCACAAUCCAAGGGCGCUUUACUGCCUCCAAGGAUAGUUCCAAUUUCUAUCUGCAAAUGAACAACCUCAAAGCUGAAGACACGGCUGUGUAUUAUUGUGCAAGAGACACAGUGAAAGAAGUCUGA